AUGUUUCCAACAAGUGUAUUUAAUCAAGCUUCGAUCGGUUUUCCAUUUCCUGGUCAACAACUAUCGGCAUCACUUUAUCAAUCUCAAUUAGCUGGUUUUGCUGGAUUUAAUCCUCAAGUUGUAACACAUUUUCAACAAGCUCCACCACCACCACGUGGUCAAUCAUUACCAGCAUCAGGUAGACAAUAUCCACCACCAACUAGUACUUAUGUACCACCUCCUUUAUCAUCAUCGUCUCGACGUCAAAAACAUAGUCAACAUCCACCACCAGCUUCAUCUCAACAUUACGGACAACGUAGUAGACAUGGAUCAAAAAGUAAAAAACAUCAUAAACGACAAAGUCUUUCACCAAGUGCUCUUGUUGAACAAGGUUUAUAUUCUGAUCAUGAACAACAACGUCAUGAACAAUCACAAGAACAACAAUUACGUAGUCGAAGCCACUCGCCUGUAUUAGCCACUCACUCGAAACAAGAAGGAACUGGUAAUAUUGAUCAUCAUCAACAACAAUCUGAACUAGCUGAAGGCACUCAUAAUGAUGCAACACAAGGAGGAGUAGCAAGAUCUGAGGAAGCGCAAGCCGAUGUAGAAAGUAACAAGCAAAAAUCAAGUUCAAAGAAAAAAAAACAUCAUCGUCGAGAACAUCAUGAUACUUAUAGUAUUCCACCACCGCAAAGUGUUCUACUGGAUACUAAUCUUUAUCAACAACCAUAUCAAUCACAACAGUUUACUCAACACCAAACUUACGUUGGAGAAUAUCAUAGUGAAUUACCUCCACAAUUAAAGGUUCAUCGUCAACCACUUUAUACUGGUUAUAAUCAAGCUUAUGAAGAAUCUAUUCGACGUGGUGAUGUUUCUCGUAAAUAUGCUAAACGCUCAACACGUUUGCCACCUGAAGCUAAACAACAAUUAUUUCCUCAUGAAGAUGAUCAAAAAUCUCAGCCUCCACUAGUGCAACAACAACAACAGCAAGCAUAUCCAUUUGGUCCUACUAAUUCUGGAUAUCCUCAACAACCAUUCAGUGGUAUUCGUCCACCAUUUAAUCCAUAUCAACCUUAUGGUGUUCAACAAGUUCCACCGAAUUAUUAUGGUUCUACACCUGGUUCUGCACCUUUUAAUGCUUUACAACCAUGGUCAAAUAUAAAUGCUACGUAUGGUUCAAGUGAACAAGAAGUUCAACAUUUACGCCAACGUAUUCGUACAUUAGAAGGUGAAAUAUAUAAAUUACAACGAAAGCUUCAUAAGACAACAUUAAAUAAGAAUGAAGCAACAGAAGGACAAGAUAAUUAUAAUCAAGAUGAAAUGAUUCGUUCUCAUCAUCGAUCAAAGCCUACUAGUAGUGGAUCACCAAGAGAAACACCAGUUAUUGUUGAAUUAAAUAAUACUACAAGUGAAGCUUUUCAUGAUUCUUCAUCAAAAAAACAUCGGCAUCGUACACCUAGUACCAUGAGUUCACAACAUGAACAACAACAUUUUCAACAAGAUUCAACAACUGGUAUAACAUCUGGUCAAAAUCAAAAUCAACCAACAUCAGACGCACAUCAAUUUACACAAAUCGAUGAUCAUCAAACGCUUGAAGUAGAACCUAGAUCUUCAAUAUCAAAAAAUACACGUGAAGAAACAGCUGCACAAUUAGCACAUGCAGCUGCAGCUCGUUUUAAUAGUCGUCAAGGAUUUGUUGAUAUUCCACCUCAACAGCAAGCACCAGUACCUGCACCUGUACCAACACAAAUACCACCUGUCGUACCAGCACCAGCAUCUGUACCAGCACCACCUCCACCUGUUCCACAAGUAGGCCGAACACAAUUAAACAGUCAACAACAACAAUUUAUAUAUCAACAAGGUGUUUUACCACCUCAAGGACAACAAAUUCGUGGCCCACCACCACGUUUUCCAGCUGUUGGUAAUAUUAUUUAUCCAGGCGAUCCAUAUCAACAACAACAACAACAGCAACAACAAUUUAUUAAUCCUCAUCAACGUGUCUUACCAAAUCAAAAUUAUAAUCAAUCGAAUAAUAAUGAAUUAUUUGAUGAUGAUGAGGAGGAGGAUGAACGUCGUCAACAAGAAAAACAAAAUCGUUCAGCAGAAAAAAUUCUUGAUGCAUUUGAACGUUUUUAUAUUAAUCGUGGUAAACCAACAACAGUUCCAAUGAAAGUUAAAUAUAUUCCAGAAGAUAAUAAUAGUAAUCAAAAAUAUUCCAAUUAUUAUCAUCAGCGAAAGACAAAUAAUAAUAAUCGAUAUCGUUCAACAAGUCGACGCAGUCGUAGUAGUACUUCAUCAUCUGAAUCUAUUUAUUCCAAUUCACCAUCUUUUUCACGUCGUUCAUUAUAUGAUAAUAAUCAUCGAAAAUCGCAGAAAAUUUUUUCAUUGAAAGCAAUGUGGUUUUUCACGAAUAUUAUUUUCUUAUUUUUACAAAUAAAUAUUUUUCUUCAAGCUGAUGAUAGUGAUUGUCAUACACCAUCAAUGAUUGAUUUUGUUCGCGAUUCAUUACCGAAAAUAUGUUUCGAUUCUGAUUCAGCUGGUUUUUUAAAUUAUUCAAUGGAUAAUGUCGAAUUUUAUAAUGCACAUUGUCGUAUAUAUCAAGAUAUAAAACAAUGUUUAGAAACAAAAUUAAAAAAUUGCGAUGUUGUACGGCCUGGUUUUAAUCGACAUAUAUUAAAUUUAAUUGAAAGUUAUCAAUUACCAUUAGAAUAUUUUGAUUAUGAUGCAAAAGUUUAUGAUGAUAAUCAUUAUUUACAAAAUUUAAUACCAUUUUGUGAUGGAAAUAAACUUUCAAAUCACUUUUUACAACAAUUUGAUCGUUCAUUAUUAAAUUGUUUAACAAAAACAACUUUAACAAAACAUAAAGAAUGUUUAAGAACAUUUAAACAAAAUAUUCAAAUAAUACUACAAACAAAAGCAUCAUUAAAUGAAAUAACGAAAUGGUCAGAAGAUUUUCUUCGAUGUAUUUAUAAUUCAAUUCCGACAAAUUGUCCAACAGCAACAAAAGAAGUAUUUGUUUUUAAAGAAUUAUUAGCUGUACCUGAUAAACAUGAUUUAGCAACACCAACAUCAUUAAAUAUCACAAAAAUUGUUAGACAAAAAUUACCAAGUCAAAAUGUUGAAGGAUUCGCACAAUCAAAACGUGCUACGUCAUCUAUUCAUGGUAUAAGUAUUUAUUGA